AUGAGAACUUCUUCUACUAAUUCUAUGAUGAUUGGAAUUGCGAUAUGUGAUUUGAUAGUUUUGUCUGAAAAUGUUUACGACAGAAUUCAAAAAUACUGGUUCUUUGGUUCUCAGAAUCCAUGCAUCAAUAAGUAUAAUUAUUGGUACAUGUAUUCAUUGCUUAUUGGAGACUUUCUUCAGACCGUUUUCGAAAGAGCAUCUUUCUGGCUUGGAGCAUUCUUGGCGUUGAUAAGAUUGGUUAUCAUGAAAAAGGCUGGAACUACGUUUAAAAUAUCUGAACCAUUGUAUGGCUAUCUUCUGAUACUGUUUCUAGUCUGUUUGAGCUUUGCGCAUAGUUUAUAUUUUUAUCGCGGAUACAGUAUGGCUCAAUGGGAUACUUGGAAACCAGAAGAAACUCAGUUCUCUGUUCAUUAUGAACCAAACUUUGAGUAA